CCGACAUGUAACCAAUCCUUCACCCGCCAUCACAACCUAAAAUCCCACCUCCUCACCCACUCCCAAGAAAAACCGUUCAGGUGCCAAACCUGCGGCCACACCUUCCGCCGUCUCCACGACCUCAAGCGUCACAGCAAACUCCACACAGGCGAGAAGCCAUACGUCUGUCCGACAUGUAACCGUGGGUUCGCGCGUAUGGACGCGUUGUCCAGACAU